ACAUGUAUAAAUAUUUCUCUGUUUUUUUACUUGUGCGAGGUCGUUGCAAGUUCAGGUGUAUGUAUAUGUAUAUAAAUACGAUUCAUCCAAUAAAUGAUAUAUGUAAAUGUGUGUACUAUACAGAUAUGUAUGAAAGAUUAUCAUAAUGUCACGUGCUUCUGGCUUGCUUUCGUUUCUAGCUUAUCACGUGAAAAAGCAGAAAAAAGUCAAUUUCAUUGUUUUUAAAACGUGAACUAAAAGUAGAUAAAUAACAUAUUCUCAUUGUGUUUUUUCAGUAGCUAUACUUUGUGACUGCUACUAGACCCAGAGGUUAUGUUGAAAAUUAUUAUAAUUCGAGCUUCUAUAAUCGUUAAACAUGUAUUUAUAAUAUAAUAGUUUGAUAUUAUGUUUAAUUUUCGUCAAAAUCUAACAUGUUUGUAUCCAUAAGUCAUAUGUAUUAAACGUAAUAAGAAUAAUAAAGCAAUGAAAAUAUAUGAAGAAUAAUAAAUUUGUAAUACUCGUACAAAGAAGUUACAUUAACAAUGAAUGCUGUGAUUGCUUUAUGUAUUUUUUGUGAAUCACAUGGACCUAAAGUAAUAUUCACAACUCAAACGUAUCGUAAUUACGAUAAUCAAAGUACAGAGAAAUUGAAAUUUUAUGGACCAAAAGAAAUAUUAAGACGGAGUCAAAAUAUUGUUGAAGAUGAGCAGUAUGAAUGCGAAGGAUGUCAAAGCAUUGGCAAUGUAAAGUACCUAAGUAAUGAACAUGAAACUAGGACAUCAUUCCUUUCUGCUCAACAAUCAUUAACGCAAGAUGUUUGGUGCCUGUUAAAACAUGCAUGUUUUAGGAGUUUAAGCUGUGAAGUACAUCCUGGUAAAGAAGGUGUUUGCUACUUUGGAGAUGAAUAUAGGGGGCAUGUUUUAAGUCAUACAUUUACAUUAAAAGAUGCCCAGGCAAGAGGUUUUCGCAAAUGGUGCAGUUUUAUUGUUUUCAUGAGAGACAAACAAUUUCUCUUAAACAUGUGGCCUUUUUUAGUUGACAAUUUAAAAGAAGUGAUUAGAGAGCUACAAGACUUUGCUGAAAAAAAAUACAAUGCAGAAGAAGCAGAGUGUCCACAAAGAGUUGUUCGUUUGUCAACUAACAAUGGAUCAGGAUCAUAUAAUAGUUCAAACAAACAGCCUAGAACUUUAACCAACAUAACUAAUGAAAAACAUGUUUUUAUACGAAUCCACAUGUGGUUAGUAUGGAUUCUUAGUGCAGGAGCAAGACAUUUUGUGGAAAUUUUUCCCAUGAGUUUGUUAGAUGAUGAAUUAAACUAUAAUUUGGAGCAUCAGAUCGAAACUGAAGAUGGAUUCACUUUAGUAAAUGCUAAAUUACCUAUAAAUUUAAAUUUAAAUUCGAAUGAACAAGAAAUAACAUCUGAAUUCUCAGAAGUCUCAGGAAAAUCCACUACAGUAAUACUUAGAGAUUUAAGAAUCACGUUAGGAAAAGAACAGUUUAGGCAACUUUUAUAUUCUAGUUUAACAGGUGUUCAAAUUUUGGUAAGAGGUCCAAAUAUUCAAAGAUUGGAAUCUUUGUAUGGACUUAGUUCUCUUAUUCCACGUGCAUGUAGAAGAGUUAAAACUCAAGCAACAGAAUAUAUGGAUCCUAAUAAGUGCAACUUUAUCGGCGUGGAUACAUCAGUGGCUGUACCUUUACCAUGUGCAAAUGUAUGUAGAUUGGAUAUUAUAUCUGGUGAGCAUAAAAUUGAAAAUUCGAGCUCGCAUGUCGUUAGAUGGACAGGUACAUUACCGCUUAAGCUUCCAACGUUACUGACAAAGAUUGAAAAAUCACUUGAUAAUGAAAAACUUGGAAAUUCUACUCUUAAAGCACAUUUUGCUGCACUACAAGAAGAAUGGGCAAACAUAGCGAAAGUAGUUCAUGCCAUGAAAGGUCGUGGACAUAGUGGUGACCUUUCUGGACUUAUGCUUAGCUUAGGUGCUGGACCUCAUGAUAAAAAAUUAUUAGAUGCUUGGUCAAUGGGAUUACCGCCAAAUCCAGCAUAACUUUAUAAUCAAUUCAAAAUGUUUUACGUGUUGUAGAGUAUUAUUUGGUAACAAUUAAUUUAAUAUACGUGUAUUCUGCUAUUUGUAUUUUAAAUUUGUUCUUUCAAUAUUUAUAUAUUCAAGG